GGCCCGGCCCGUCCCGCCUCCGCUCCCCGCCUCCCCGCGCUCCCCGCCGCUUCGCCCCUGACAAAUGAUGUGUUUUGUGCUCGCCGCGAUGAAAGCUCAAAUUGAAAUUAUUCCAUGCAAGAUCUGUGGAGACAAAUCAUCAGGAAUCCAUUAUGGUGUCAUUACAUGUGAAGGCUGCAAGGGCUUUUUCAGAAGGAGUCAGCAAAGCAAUGCUACAUACUCCUGUCCUCGUCAGAAGAACUGUUUGAUUGACCGAACCAGUAGAAACCGCUGCCAACACUGUCGAUUACAGAAAUGCCUUGCUGUGGGGAUGUCUCGAGAUGCUGUGAAGUUUGGUCGAAUGUCAAAAAAGCAGAGGGACAGCCUGUAUGCAGAGGUGCAGAAACAUCGAAUGCAGCAGCAGCAGCGAGAUCAUCAGCAGCAGCCAGGAGAGGCAGAACCACUAACACCAACGUACAAUAUCACCACCAAUGGGUUAACAGAGCUACACGACGACCUCAGUAAUUACAUUGAUGGGCAUACCCCUGAAGGUAGCAAAGCAGACUCUGCAGUUAGCAGCUUCUACUUAGACAUACAACCUUCUCCAGAUCAGUCGGGUCUUGAUAUUAAUGGAAUCAAACCAGAACCAAUAUGUGACUACACACCAGCAUCGGGCUUCUUCCCUUAUUGUUCUUUUACAAAUGGGGAGACCUCUCCAACUGUGUCCAUGGCAGAAUUAGAACAUCUUGCACAGAAUAUUUCCAAGUCUCACAUGGAAACUUGCCAGUACUUGAGAGAGGAGCUACAGCAGAUAACAUGGCAGACUUUUCUGCAGGAAGAAAUUGAGAACUAUCAGAACAAGCAAAGGGAGGUAAUGUGGCAAUUAUGCGCAGUCAAAAUAACAGAAGCUAUACAGUAUGUAGUGGAAUUUGCCAAACGCAUUGAUGGCUUUAUGGAACUGUGUCAAAAUGAUCAAAUUGUGCUUUUAAAAGCAGGGUCUUUAGAGGUUGUGUUCAUCAGAAUGUGCCGUGCCUUUGACUCCCAGAACAACACAGUCUACUUUGAUGGCAAGUAUGCUAGCCCAGAGGUUUUCAAGUCCUUAGGUUGUGAAGACUUCAUUAGUUUUGUGUUUGAAUUUGGAAAAAGUUUAUGUUCUAUGCACCUGACAGAAGAUGAGAUAGCUUUGUUUUCUGCAUUUGUUUUAAUGUCAGCAGAUCGUUCAUGGCUUCAGGAGAAGGUAAAAAUUGAAAAACUCCAACAGAAGAUCCAGCUAGCACUUCAGCAUGUCCUACAGAAGAACCACCGAGAAGAUGGAAUUCUAACAAAGUUAAUAUGCAAAGUGUCUACUUUAAGAGCACUGUGUGGACGACAUACAGAAAAGCUUAUCGCAUUUAAAGCAAUAUACCCAGACAUUGUACGACUUCAUUUUCCUCCACUUUACAAGGAGCUGUUCACUUCAGAAUUUGAGCCAGCAAUGCAAAUUGAUGGGUAAACGUAUCACCUAAGCACUUCUAGAAUGUCUGAAGUACAAACAUUAAAACAAAAGAAAGGAAAAGAUUAAAAAAAAAAGAGAAAAAAAAAAGUAAAGAAAACCAAGACACUUUAUAUGGCCCUGCACAGACCUAGGGAGCCAACACACUGCACAUCUCUUGGCGGUCCGGGUCAGGCGAAGGAUGGGAAACAAUGAAACAAAGUUGAACUUGUUUUUCUCAUGCAUAUGAUUUCCAUUUUGCCUACAAAUAUGGACCCUUUUUCUGUCUCAACUUCUCAAUCCUUGACCUCUGUUUACACAGACUGAGGGUACUAGUAUCAGAAGGUUGCUUUCUCUUGUAGUUCACUGCCCAGACUUCUGACAGAACAAUCAAUUUGUUGAUCAGAACCAGAGAGUCCACCUAGUAAUCAGCGACUGGUGUGCAUUGCAGAGAUUUAAGCAUCAGUUUGCACAACUUGCUCAUUGUUUCAUGAAGGACGAUUUUUUUCACCUACCACUGUUUGCCAGUAGACAGAACGGCAUGAAAAGGGUCCAUAGCAAUAGCAACAAUAGCAUUAUAAUAUAUUACAGGGUAAAUGGGCAUGAAGACUAUAUAUAGCAAAAGAGAUAUUGUUUAUAUAUUGUUUUAAUUAAUAUAAAAUGUAGUUACUGGUAUAGCUUUUCUUGUUGAAUUGAUAAGGCACUUUCAUUUUGCACCUUUUUCUUUAAAUUAAAUGCUAGCGUGUUCAUUGUUGUGUUGCAUGUGCACCAGAAAUUCAAGUUUAACUGAAAAAGGUUUUUGGCAGGUACUGGUACAUUGGGAGGUAUUUAUGCUGCUGUUUUCCAUGUUACUUUUAAGGAGAGGCUGGUCAUAUCCUGAAAUGGUUAAACAGAUUUAAAAAAAAAAAAAAAAAAAAAGGAAAUUUUCUAAAUUAAAAUCUGAUCAACUGUUAAUUUAGCAAGUAUUUUUCAUUUCAAAUCUUUCAAAUCUGGAUGUUUAAAAUUACACACCUAGAUUCAGAUUUAGGCACAGCAAAAGCCUCAUUUUCAAAGGUGCUGAGUUUCUGUGAUCAAAUUAGCAAUUACAGAUCACUUACAGAUAGAAUAAUGUGUCAUCCUUGAAAAUCAGGCUAGUAAAGUGUACAACUACCCACCAUAAAUCCAGAUUUGAAGGUAUUUACUCAAGUCUGUAUCUGCAGCAAAAGUAUGUGUGUGACAUGUAUGUGGAAAGCCAAUUUUUAUACAUAAUGUUACAUACUUUUGUACUCUAUAUUGUAAACAAUGCAUUCAAAAUUCCAAACUAUGUCCUAUCAAAAUUCGUAGGUUUGUUUCUGUUUUAGGUGAGAUUAAAACCCAUGUUCUUCAAACAUCCAGCAGUUCUAUUUAAAGUAGCUGAAUGGAGUGCUGACCUUGCUCUCAUUAUUUACAUACAUGCACUUUAAAGUUUAACAAAUGAGGAAAGACUAACAUAAAGUACCAUUCCGUGUAGAGUACUGUCUCUGAGUAAACUUAGCAAGAUUAGAAAUUAAACCAAGUUCUGAAGGGAACAGAUCCACAGUGAACAAUAUCUCAAAAUAAACUGUGACUGUUUGAGCCAGAGGUUUAUAAUUGCUUUGGAUGAGAUGAGGAAAUACAACCAGGAGGCUUGUAGGCCUGUGUGCCUGCAAGUUUCUGAUGAAAUAUGUUGCAAGGAAAAAAAAAAAAAUAAGAGAAGGGGAGAAAAAAAAAAAAAGAAAAAGAAAAAGAAUGUGCUCCACUCCUGUAAUUUCCAAAAAUCUCUUACAUGUAGUCACUGAGAAGUAACACUGAACUGAACAGAAGAACAGAAGCACACUGAAGAAUAACUAUUUUAGAGGUAGAAUUAGGCUAGUAGUUUAAAACAGAAAGUUUUACUCUAUGAUUUGGAAAUUUCACCUUUGGGAUCAAAUUGAGCCACAGAACCACAACAUCUAUGAAAGUGUUUCAUCAUAGUGCUUGGCUCUCAUCCAUUUAUAUGGUUCAAAAUUGAGAUGAACACGGCAUCUCUACCCUUCAAAGCAGUGUGGCCCUGGAGAAUGGCACAGGAACACCUGCACCUCUGUGAGUACCUGGAUGGAGGCACGGGUAGGCUUUUGGAAGCCAGCCUCAUGCUGCUCCAUCCUGCUGCUCCAAGGAGGCAGCUCACAGCUCCGCACACUGACUGCAUUCUUGCUGAUAGACUUUUCCUAGAAUCAUUGUUUACUUUACUGGAGUAGCUGGCAUGAUACGGUACUUUGAUUCCAAUACGUGCUCCUAUUUUUAAAGCAAUCUUUUUAACAAACAUGUUUUCUGAAUAUGACCAGCCCUAGGUGCUAGUCCUUUAAAGAUCAACUAAACUUAAUUUCAGUAUCAACUAAUGAAUAAUGAGGUAAGAUACGUACUUUUUUAGAGAGUAAAAUACAGCUCCUAAUUUGACAAUAAGUAGACUACCAGGCAAAGUACUUUGGGAUUAAUUUUCAGUCACAUCCUUUACUUAUCUAUUCCUGAUUAAUACUACUACUUUAGCAGGCCUGUAGAUACCAGUGGUUUGGUUUGGUAUCUAAUUCAGAGUAUUUACACCCAUAAGUUAUUGACAACAGAGAAUUUUGGAGUAUUUAAUAAUAAAAUACAUAACUGUAGAAAGGUUCCACAUGGGCCUUAGUUGAAAGCCUGUUGUAUCCAGGAUUGGCUUGUGACAUGAUCUUCACAGAUUCCAGGCUGUGCAGCACCUACGUGCUGUCAUUUUUGUCAAGGGGAGCUCCUGUGGACUACUAGCACCUUUUAAAAUCAGGCUGUGUGUACAUACCCCAGUAAGUCUGCCUUCCUGAACACAGCUAGCAGCCACUUGGCAAGAGACUAUUACUCGUUUCGUUUUGCUUGGCAUAGAGAGGGGAAAAAGGGGAUACAGCAUGGCAGACAUACUGAAAAGACUGCAGUUGCCUAUGAGGCAAAGGGGAUGUCAAAUAGCCUCAGAGUGGCUGGUCAGAAUGGCUGCCAUGGAAGAACCUGGUGCAGCAGUGGAAAUGCACUCUGCAGAACCUCUGCGACUAUGGCCUGGUGUCAGACAAUCAACACAAUAUUCAGUUAAAAAAAACAUAUUGGAAGUAAGUGGAUAUUCACACAAGUAUUUUCAUGAUCUGUCCAGCUGACAACAAACAAAAAUGUGAGGACAGCUGAAGACAAAGUAGUACAUUGCUUUUGAAUGAUUGUACGCUAGAGUCUGCGAAGAGAUUUUCAUUGGGUUUUCAUCUAUCCACAGAGAUGUUCCUGGGCUUUCUAGAAAAGAGAUAGUACAGUAUACCAUUUGAACUACCCUAAUAUACUUCAACAUCUCUAACAUUGAUUGACUCUUAAACACGAUGGGAUUAGGAGAAAAGGAAGGCUGUUCUUAAGUUUGGUUGCUCUUUAUUAAAGCUUAUCUAUCUUAGUAUGGAUACCAAGAUCUCUGUGUGUGUAUGUGCACCUGUGUGUGUGAGAGAGAGUACCGUUGUGUGCGCACAUGAAUACAUGUGUGGGUGUGUGUGAGUGGCUGCUUCUAGGCUGGUAAGUGUCAAUGGAGAAAAAGAAAAUGUAUUCAAAAUACUUAAGUCAAAAAUAGAAGGUGAAAAAAAGAUUUAUUCUAUACAAAGCCUUGUCUGGACCACUUUAGAGAGACUUCUAUUUUUUUAACCCUUCUAUAAAUAUUUGAUGGCACUUGAAAUAUUCCUGCAAUAAAAUGUGAUUUGUGUAAACAUUAAAAAAAAAAAAAAAGAUUUUGUAAUGUGAAACAAUGAAAGAAAGUAAUGUAAUUUUUCUAAAAAACAGAAAAAAAAAACAAAUGAACGAACUUUGUAUUAUUUUCUUGAUGGAAUUUGUCUAUUUGUCUUUGGAAAACUUUUUAUUUCAUUGAAUGUGCCAUAGUAGAGGUGUGUGUUUCUUUUUCUUUUCUUUUUUUUUUUUUUUUCUUCAUUUUUUACAUUGUAGAUUUAAGGAAUAGCUGUGUUCCGACAUUCCAAAAUGCAAGAUGACAUAGCAGUCAUGAUUAAAAGGUUUGAUUAGUAAGCUUCAAUCAUUGUUGCUUUUUUUGCACAUGUUCUUCAUUCCUCUACAGUGCAAUAUGUACAUAGAGCACUUGCGGGUGUAACCUUGAUCCCUCAGGGAAAAAUACAUAUUUGUACAGGAUUUUUUUUUCCUUUUUUUUUUUUUCCUUUUUUUUCCUUUUUUUUUUUUUUUUUUUUUUUUUUUGCUAAGGAAUGUCGAUUGAAUCACUUGUCUGUUGUGGAGGGGCAGCCAGAUAAUAAUCCUAAACCACUGUCACAAAACUUUGAUGGUUUAAUAAUUUUGUGCCCUUUUAUUAUUUAAAAAGAAAAAUAAAAGUUAUUUUCUGACAGUUCUUUGUGCUGAUUGGUGAAAAAAAGGGUAAAUAUAUAAGCACCUUAUGAUUGACUUAACUGUGAAUGACAAUCCAUCUCGUUAUCAACAACAGAAGCCCUAUCGUUUUGGAGCUGGGGUUAAGAGUCAGAAACUAAUGUGCUCAGGGAUCUUCUAAAACUCUUCAACAGGGUGGCCAGUACUACUGGUGGGACAAAUUAUUUUAAAAAAAGAAAAAAAAGAAAAAAAAAAAGAAAAAAAAUGCGAGUAUUUCUUCCUUUCCCUUCUCCCUCUCCCCACAGGCACAAAAAAACUGGACAGAUUUCUUUUUUAACCAAAUGCUCAAUGUGUGCCUCAUUCUGUGAUGCAGUCUUGUAGCAUAUCUGCUCAUUGGUCUUUAUUCUGUAAAAAACAAAAUAGUCCAAACGAUACAAAGGUUUUGCAAUUGUAUUUAAGAAAGGAAAUUAAUGCUGGCCCAUUAAUAGUUUACAACUGAAAUUUAAUUUAAACAACCUCUGGAUGUUUUUAUAGCCAUUGGAGUGUUUUUCCAAAUUAAUUUCAAUGUUUUGCAAUAGAAGAUUGAUUUUCAGUAUUUAAAUGAUUGUCAAACGAAACAAAGCAGUUUAUGGUAGUACAAUAUGACUGGAAAGGCAAUUAUUAGAUUUUGCAAUAAUGUCAUAUAAACUAUGAGAACAACAACAGUUUAGUUUAGACUUGUCUCUCACUGUCGCUUAUGCUUCAUGGUAUAGCAAAAAAAAAAAAAAAAAGACUGGAAGGAAA